AUGGCUACCAUAUCUGAAAGUUUCAAUAUAAAUUUUAUCUGCCUCAGAAUUUUUGGACUAUUUUUGAUAGUCGUUGCCCAAGUAGACAUCCUUGACCAUGAAUUGAGGAGUUUAAAAGUUGAUAAUAGUAGCGAAGAAGUACAAGUUAUAAAAUUAAAUAAAUGUUUGAGACAUUACGAAAUCCUCUUACAAUAUUCAAAUGAGGUUCAAGAUAUAACAAGCGUUACUAUGUUUGUUCAGUUCACUGUGGCUUCAGGAUCCAUUUGUGCAAUAUUAUGCAGCUUUUUAUUGCCUAAAACAUUUGGUGAACUUAUGUCAUUAUUACUUUUCAUGUCUACUUAUGCGUUUGUGGUGAUUCUAGAGAUUUUUAUUCCUUCUUACCUUGGAACACAGCUCCGCUAUAAAAGUCAAAAGCUAGUCAACGCAGCUUACUGCUCGGAGUGGAUAGCUAGAUCAGAAAGUUUUAAGCGAAGCCUUAAGCUUUUCAUGUUACGGGCCAACAUUCCCAUCCACUUCAGCGGAUGUGGACUUUUUCCUUUAACCUUGGAUACGUUUACUUCGAUCAUGAAAAGCGCAUAUUCAUUUUUCACGAUAGUGAGAAAUUUUCAGAAUCACGAAAAAUAG